AUGCAGAGUAUCGUGUUGACGCAGCUUUACCUUCUUCUUGAUAUUGAAAUGGUAUUCCUGCCUGCAUCAGCGUAUCUGAAUUCGGAAUGCACUGAUUAUUUUGAGAAUCGCCUAAAACUUCUGUCCUUGGUUAGGUUACAUAGUUUAAAUACAUUUGUAUUUAUCGUUGUAAAGGCCUUAUUAAUUUAUACGUACACAAGUCUAAUUUUAUGUAUUCAUUUAGAGGAAAAGAUGGUAAGACAUAAUAAUCAAUUGCCGGAAAAUCUCCCUCAAUUGCAAAAUCUUAUUAAACGAGAUCCAGAAUCUUACAAGGAGGAAUUUCUUCAGCAACAUCAGCACUACAAGUCAGUUUUAGAAAUUUUUCGUUUAUCGCCAAAUAAGUUUAACAAAAGUCUCGACGAAGUAGUCACCUUUUUGGCUCAGGUAAAUAAAAAAAUCGUAUGUCGUAAAAACAUCAUAACACAACUGUAUUCUCUAAUUGGUUUCUGCGACGAACCAAUGCCACAUAGUAUAUUUAUUUAUGGUCAUGUAGCUACUGGAAAAUCGUUAGUGGUGCAAAAUAUGCUUUCUUACUUGAAAUACAAUGUAGCUAUUAUUAAUUGCGUGGAACAUGUGACUAAAAGACAUAUAUUUGAGUACAUCCUGGGUGAUUUGUCAUUAUCUUCCAAUGAUUUUACAGCCAAUAACCAAUUACAAUGCAAGUGUGAUAAUUUUGUUGAUUUUAUAACAAGCCUUAGAGAUAUUUGUACAAAAGACAAUCGACCGAUCGUAAUAGUAUUUGACAAGUGUGAUAAAUUACGAGAUAUCGACGUUGAUUUACUGCCUACAUUUUUGAAACUCGGAGAAUUAUCAAACGUCAAUAUUUGCGUGAUAUUUGUAACUGAUAUAGUAUGGGAGAAAUUCCGUGUUAAAAUAGAACCUAUUGAAACUGAUCGGUCCAAGGAAAAUGAUACUGCUUUAUUGUGGAGAAAUAUUUCUGCUACUUUCAAAGCGAAUCUAGAAGUCAUCUAUUUACGAGUUUCUUCCGAAAAUUUUGCAAAGGAUAAUCAAUUGUCCAAAGAUAUUGAAUCAACGAUGAGAUUGGCAUUGAGCUUUGAAUUGCCAUAUUAUGCAAAGUAUAUGCUGAUCGCAUCGUAUCUGGCCUCGUACAAUCCCGUAAAAGAAGAUAAAUAUAUAUUUGUAAAAAAAAAAUUCAAGAAAAAGAAAAGAGUUAACGAUAAAAAAAAAAUAACGUUAAAUGCAUUUUGUGGACCUUACAAUUUUCCAGUAUCUAGAAUGAUUGCUAUUUUCUGUGCAAUCCUGAAUGAGAAAGUUGAUAUAAAUGCUAAUCUACUUUCUCAGAUUCCAUCUAUGUGUCAACUUGGUGGCCCAUUGUUAUUCAAACGAAUUAGAAUCAUUUCCUCAAGAAAUCAUCGAUGUAUUGCAAACAUAUAAUACAGUGCUUGACAAUGAUUUAAGAUUAACAUUUUGUAAAGCUUUGAUUCAACUACGUAACAAAGCUCUUUUAGAGCCCACGGUACUUCUGAGUUUAUUUUUUGAACUUUUAAGAUGUCAAGAUAAAAAUUUAAGACAAUUUCUUCAAACACACAUUAUCACUGAUAUAAAAAAUGUGAAUAUCAAACAAAAGAAUACAAAGAUUAAUACAACUCUACAAAACUUUAUGUUUUCCAUGUUGAAAGAUUCUAAUGUCAGGAGUGCAAAGAUGUCUGCAGAUAUCAUGAUAGAAUUGUAUAAUAAAGAUAUCUGGAACGAUGCGAAAACUGUAAAUGUUCUGGCAACAGGUUGUUUCGUCAAGGCAACCAAAGUUAUGGUCUCUUGCUUGAAAUUCUUUCUGGGUACUGGCAUAGAAGAACAGGAAAAUGAGGAAAGUGACAGCGAUAGCGAGCCAAAUAUCAAAGAAAUCAUAAUGGCUAAUAGAGUAAAUAAGAAAACAAAGAAACGGGAAAAACAUCUAGCGAAAGCGAAACAACUGUUAGCGAAGUCUAAGAAAAAAGCAACGAAAGCCCCGAGGUAUAAUUUCUCGGCGUUGCACUUAAUUCACGACCCACAGAGUUUUGCAGAAAAAUUAUUCAAACAGUUGGAAAGGAACAACGAUAGAUUUGAAAUUAAACUACUAACGUUGGAUAAGUAACAAAACUUCUGCAAUUUAUCGCUCAAGCCUCUCACGAACUUAUACCACCUGAUACAUUGGAACCAAUUUUGAAGACAUUAGCAAACAAUUUUGUUACAGAACGAAAUUCAGCAGAUGUCAUGGCUAUAGGGUUGAAUGCUAUUAGAGAGAUAUGUACCCGAUGCCCAUUAGUUAUGAAUGCAGAUUUACUGCAAGAUUUAGCACGAUACAAGUAUUACAAAGAACGAAGUGUAAUGAUGGCUGCACGUUCAUUGAUAUCUCUAUUCAGAAAUUCAAUACCUGAAUUGCUACAUAAGAAGGACAGAGGACGUCCUACAGAAACAACCAUUACUUUAAGUAUGCCAAAAUAUGGUCAAAUGUCGGCCAAUGAUUUUAUACCAGGUGCUGAAGUUUUACUCGACGAUAACUCUGACAAUGUGAAAGAGACUUCAAAGAUUGAUAUAGAAAAUUCUGAUAAUGAUGAUGAAUGGAUUGAUAUAAAUUCUGGUGAUGACAACGAUGACAACGACAAUGAUGAUGAUGACGACGACGACGACGACGAUAACGACGACGAUGAUGAUGAUAAUGAUCAUAGUGAUGACAAUGACGAUGAAGAUGAUGAUGAUGAUGAUGAUAAUGGUGAUGGUGAUAGUGAUGACACUAAUGCAAAGGAAAGAAAAGAAAAGGAGCUGGAAGAAAAUAAAGAAGGACAGAGCGUAAAAAAUAAUAAUGAAAAUGUAAUUAAAAUGAAUGAAAGUGAUAAAAUAGAAAUGAAAGCACGUGAAGAUAAAGAUAUUAAAUUUAAUAUAAAUAACACAGACACAGAUAUCGAUAGUGUUGCGAAUCAAAAGCGAAAAAGACAAUGUCACUCGUUAUCAAAACUGGAAAGAAAACGAUUGAAACUGAAGAAACAACAAGACACAAAAGUGAAAAAGAAAGAGAUAAUCAAUGCAGAGAAAAGAGAAAAAGCAACUUUAAUAUCUAACGAACGAUUAUUAACUGACGAAGACUUUCUGAAGAUAGAUACCGCGUUAGCGAAACAACAAAUAACGUACGCUAAACGUGGUAUAAAAAGAGCUCAUCUUAGAGACAAUGAACAUGGAGAUUUUGUCAAAUUAGCAGACAUAGAAAAUAUUUAUAAAAAACGGAAAUAUGACAAGCAAGCUCGUAUUGAAUCUGUGAAGAAAGGGCAAGAGGAAAGGGAAAAAUUUGGUUAUAAGGAUGGACGGCAAAAUCCACUUUGUAGCAAAACAAAUCGUGAAAAAAGAAAAACCAAAGCUUUUCAAAUGUUAAAGCAUAAAGUGAAAGGAAAGGUGAAACGUUCUUUUAAAGAAAAACAAAUUGCUUUAAGAAAUCAUUUGUUGAAGCAGAAGAGAAUGAAAUAAUUAUGUAUAAUCAUUUGUUAUAUUGCGCGCGCGCGUGCAUGUGCACAUAUAUAUGUAUAUGUAAAUAAGUAAAUAAUAUUCUUAUAUAUUAUACGUGCAGUGAUGAACACAUGGAUUGUUAACACAAAUAUUUUAUCGAGUGUUUGUAUGUAGAAUGCAAAUAAAAUAAAACGUGUACUGUUUUGUGUUUAUAAAAACGUGUAAUGUUUUACUUUAAUUUUUGACUUUAUAAUAAAAAUUUUCUUUGUUACCAUCAUUAUUCAGGUAAAUAUAAAUUGUUUUCGUGUUUUCAUAUAUUUCAUUUGUAAUUAGAGUAUACUUCCAUAAACUAUGCGUCGCCAUCUAUCGAUGGUCUGCUGCAUACUAUCAUCCUAGUGUCACAACCCUUUCCCACUUCACACUUAGUAUUUCAAUGCUAAAGUUCUAAACUUUGUAAUACAACAUAAAAAUGCAUUGAACGAUAGACUGUUGCGUAGUUCAAUACCGGUGAAACUAAAUGUCUGUUGAACGCGAUUUUACGGAUUAAUGAUAUUUCCUUUUCUUCGAGCAAAAAGUAAAUUCUUAUUUAAUGAACUAUGUUGAUAAAUCAGGAUUCGCAGUGGAACGAUAGUACUGAAUCUGAACUUCAACAAACGUUUCCAGAUUUUGAAGUUAUGGAUUCAGAUUGUUCCCUUUUUCAAGACGAUUUGUUUCAAUCUUUAAGUUCUGAGCUAGGUAUUCCUUUGUUCUUUGAAAACGAAAUAUCUACAAAGAUAGAUAGUGGUAUUGAUGAUGGAAUUUCAAAAAAUAUAUACAUAAAAGAACCAUUGACUAAUAUUAAAGAAAAUGAUGUUGAUAGUCAAAUUACGGAAGAUGUAUGCAUGGGGGAAGCAUCGACUAGUUUCGAAAAUUGUGAUAUAAAUAUUGUGCAACAAACUUCAGAUGUGGAUAAAAAAGUAAAAAUUAAAUUAGAACCUACAAGCCCAUAUGUCCAGUUGCCUUUGUCUCCUGCGCCCAGUCAGAGUGAGUGUUGUAAAUCAGAUUCACAAGUUGAAACAAGUUCUAACGCGUCCAUCUGUAAUUUUAAGACAACUCUAGAAACACCACCCAUCUCUCCUUCGCAAAAUGUUUCCCCACCUAUAUCUCCGCAACCAAUUUCAAACAUAGCCAUUGCAAAACAUAUAAAACUUGAGCCUUUUAAACUUCAAGAUACGAAUGAAACAAAAUUCACCCUUUCCAAAGUAAAUUCUUCCAAACGUGUUCGGGUUCAACCAAAAGAUAAUAUUCAACCUGUCGCUGAUGAACAGCCUAAAAAUGCUAUAUUUUUGAGUACACAAAAUUUUGUUGCACUUACUCAAAAAAUUAGGCAGAAUUAUAUAUCAUAUCCUUUCACGACUCAUUUUACACCUAAUACAAAUAAAGAGAUUCAAACAUCGAUACAGCCUCCCUCAGUACCAAUAAAAACAGAGACAAAUACAAUUCAACAACUACAAGAGAAUAAUGUGAAAAUAACGGACAAUGUCUCUAACGUAUAUGCGUUAGGAAACGAUCAAACAAUAAAUAUGAUGGAUACACCUCUGGUUCUUAAGAAUGAAGCAGCUGGAUGUACUUCUAUAAUUGUAAAAAGUGAUUCGGAUGCAUGUAAACCGAUAAUAAUUAAAACAGAAACUUCAAAUUAUACUCCAAUUGUCAUAAAGAAUGAAAUGCAAGAUGUCAAUUUUGCUGAACGACAAGAAUGUGAAAUAAAAGCACUGAAAAGGCAACAAAGAAUGAUAAAAAAUAGAGAGUCAGCUUGCCUGUCGCGAAAGAAAAAAAAGGAGUAUGUAUCUUCGUUAGAAAAACAGAUUCAUGAAUUGCAACAAGAAAAUAAGCAAUUAAAAAUGGAAAAUACAAACUUAAAACAGAAGCUUUCGUCAUUGGAACAUACAAGAGCUACCAAUAAAUUUAAAAACUUGAACUUCAAUACCAGCAAAAAGAAUGUUGCUAUUCUUUUGGGGAUGGUUUUUAUGGUAUCUUUAAAUGUUAAUGGUUUCAAGGAUAUAUUUUCGCAAAAUAAUCAAUUGGAUAUAUUAUCUAAUGACGGAUCGAUUAGCGCGCAAUACGCAAGACAUGGAAGAACGUUACUUUGGACGUCUAGAGAUCAAAUUCGAGAGGAAGAUGAAGAUAGUUUUCGUAAAAAUACAUCCAUACCACAACCUAUGUGUCCGAUGUAUAUUAACCAGAGUGAAUCAAUUCGUUUAGAUUACGAAUUGAGACGGUGGAUUGGUGGAAAGUCCGAUCAAGAUGAUUUGAUAAAAGGAAAAUUAGAUGCCAAUGUUGCUGGAAAGUUCCUAUCAUCGCCCCUGCAUGUAAUGCAAAAAACUAAACGUAAACAUAAUUUGUCGGAAAGAAGUAAAUCCGAAAUACAUCGAAAGACAACUGAGCCAUCGAUAUCGAACGCGGUAGAAGUUUUUUCUCCGAUAAUAAAAGAGCAUGCUUCUUUGUUCGAAGCUUUAGGUAGAAGAGAUGACACUUUUUACGUAGUUUGGUUUAGCGGGGAACAUUUGCUUUUGCCGGCCUCGAGCAAAAAUAGCACAGGUAGACCAAGGAUGUCGUUGGUACUUCCUGCACUUCCUAUGAACGAAACAUUUUCAACACCCGCGAAUCAUAUAACUAUGAUGCAAAUUGAUUGCGAAGUUACCAAUACCCAAUUGCUGCAUUUACAACAAUCAAUUAUACCUGAUCAUUUGAAAAGUACCAAUAGAUCUGAAAGUCGUACACAUCAGCCAAAUGACGUAUCAGACGCAAUGACGACGGAUAUAAAUAAGAAUUACAAACCAUAUUUUAUCAAGGAAACUAAACAUAAAAUGUUCCACGAAAAAGAUUUAAAAGACAUAUAUGUUGACAAAAACAGUAAAAAUUACAAUAAGACAACCUCGUAUAUAUUGAAACAGAAAUUUAUUUCAGACUUUGACUUGGAAGAAGUAAAAACUGAAUUGUUAAAAGAUUUGAAAAAAAGUGAUUCUCACGCGAAAUUUACAACGUCGCAAAAAAAACAAAAGUGAUAAGUGAUAUAUGAUAUUUAAAAAAAAUGUCUGCUUCUAUGACAUUACACGAGUAUUAAAAAGUAAUUAUAGAUACAAUACGUGCACUACAAAAAAGUGAAUAAAUAUAUCGUGUUUUCAAAAAUUAAAAAGAAGAGAUAUUCAAACAUAAUAUAUAAGCAAGCACAGUUGAUAGUUUCGAAUUACAAUAUUUGAAUAUGAAUAUGAAUUUAAAAUUACAGUUUCAUAUAUGCGUUUUAAAAAGAAAGAAAAAAUAAAUAAAAAAAAAUAUAUAUAUAU